AUGGACACUCUCGCUUCAAUUUUUUCGCACAAUUCUUCAUCACCCUCUAUUAUUAUUCCUAAUGGCGGUCCAACAUUUUCCUAUCCUGGAUUACGUGACCAUAUCAAACCUUUUCAAUCUAUAUUAUCGGAAAAUUUUGAUUUGAAGCCUCAGGAUGUAGUAUCUAUAGUAUUACCAAAUUCAUUAGAAUUUACUAUCUCGUUCCUUGCUAUUACUUUACUUCGUAAUGUUGCUGCACCUUUGAAUCCAGGUUAUACUGAGAGUGAAUUUAAAUUUUAUUUUGAGGAUUCAAAAUGUAAAUUAGUCAUCUUACCAACGGGUUGGUUACAACAAAAUAAACCUGCUGUAAAAGCUGCUGCCCAUUUUAAUAUUGAGAUCUUGGAAAUGAAUUGGGAUGAUCCUAGUAAAAGCAUGAAAACUUACUUUCAAAAUAAAUCCAUUCUUCGUAAAAAUGUCGAAAAUCAUCAUUCAUAUCCGUUGGAUGUUGCUCUUUUGUUGCAUACUUCUGGGACUACCGGAAGACCUAAAGGUGUUCCGCUUACUCAUAAAAAUAUUACUACGACCAUGAAAAAUAUUGGAAGGACUUAUAAGUUGGUUCCUAAUGAUCGUACUCUAUUAGUAAUGCCACUUUUUCAUGUCCAUGGAUUAAUUGGCGGAAUGCUUUCCACAUUGUUAUCUGGUGGAACUGUUGUGAUCCCACCAAAAUUUUCUGCAUCUACAUUUUGGAACGAUUUUUUAGAACAUGGAUGUACUUGGUAUACAGCUGUUCCUACUAUACACCAAAUUCUUUUACGUCAUCCUCCACCUAAUAGAGGUGCUCCAAAGCUUAGAUUUAUUCGUUCAUGUUCAUCAUCACUUGCUCCAAAUAUAUUAUUUGAAUUAGAAAAAACUUUUAAUGCACCAGUACUUGAAGCUUAUGCCAUGACUGAAGCUGCACAUCAAAUGACUUCAAAUCCAUUACCUCCUUUAAAACAUAAACCAGGAUCAGUGGGAAUUGGUCAGGGUGUUCAAAUUACCAUAUUAGAUGAAAAUGGAAAACAAGUAGAGGAAGGAGAAGUGUGCGUUAAAGGUGUAAACAUUACGCCAGGAUACAUGAAUAAUCCUAAAGCUAAUGAAUCAUCAUUUACAAAAGAUGGCUGGUUCCGUACAGGCGAUCAAGGCAAGUUUGAUGAGGAAGGAUACUUAUAUUUAACAGGACGAAUCAAAGAAUUGAUUAACCGUGGAGGUGAAAAAAUAUCACCUUUGGAACUUGAUUCCGUCCUAUUAUCACAUCCUACAGUUUCAGAAGCAGUUUCAUUUGCAGUUCCUGAUGAUAUGUACGGUCAAGAAGUUCAUGCUGCUAUUGUUUUAAAACAAGGGCAAAGUGUAACUGAAAAAGAUUUACAAAUAUUUUGUGGAAAUAAAGUGGCAAAGUUUAAAGUACCAAAAAAAAUUUAUUUUAUUGAUACGAUGCCAAAGACAGCGACUGGUAAAAUUCAGAGAAGAAAUAUUAGCGAAAAAUUGUUUAAGCCGGAUAAAAUUAAAUCUAAAUUAUAA